AAUUAACCCAUUCCUUUUAUUGGGAAAUCUGCAAGUUGCAUUUGAAAUGGUCCGGCUGUUAACAUGGCGGCAAAGGAGCCAGGAGAGCGGAUUUGCGAAGCAAACGCUAAACCAUUUAUGGUAAUCAUGAUCAAGAAAAAAAAUCUCGGGCCACUACACGAAGCACGAUGUCGUACUUGGCGGUGCUGAAUCAAAAGAAUACAAGGAAAAGAAGGCGAAGAGGAAGACAUUGAUGAUCUAGAUUCCUUAGAAAGAAAAGAGAGAGGUGCCAAAGGAUCAGCAUGGGAAAGGCUAGAAGAUCUCAAAAGCCCAAGGACCGCCGUGGGCCCACCAGUGGUCGUCCACUGAAGCCCCUGGCAGAUCCUGAAAGUGUGAAAUUGCGAGACCAGGAGAUUUUGCCUGCAGUGUCUGCUCUUGCUAGCACACAGCCGCAUGACCGGGUCACGGCGGCUACUGUGAUCUGCAAUUUGAUUGAAAAUGAAAAGUGUCGCAAACUCCUCUUGCGAGAGCAGCUCGUCCGUCUAGUAAUGGAACAGACCAUCAAUGAUGCUGAUCUUUCUGUUAUUACUGCUGGAUGGGGUGUGCUUCGAAACCUGGCUCUCGCGGAGAGUUGGGAUUUCGGAAUUCACUUGUAUAGACAGGACAUUUUGACUCCCUUGCAAGCAGCAAUCAAAAAGGUGUCUGACUUCUUCAGGGCUCCGGAGUCCGGUUUCGCAAGCCUACCCAAAGCCCAACAAGUCUUGGUCUGGGAGUUAGCCGAUUCGCUGAACAGCAUUAUGUCCUCACUUUCAGAAACAAAUGAUGACAUUGUGAGUGCUCUUAGCAAUUUAUCGACUGUUCCCGACUUCCAACUUGGACUGGCUUCUCUCGCGGAAGCGCCAUCACGAGUCGUCCGAAACGCACUGCAAUGCGUCUACGACUUGUCUGUAGACAAUGAUGACUUGCUUCGCCAAAUCGCUGCUCGCUCUGUUUGGCUUGAUGUGCUCAAAGCAAACGCAAAAAAAACGGGCGGCGAAUGCGUAGCAGCUUGCGGAGUCCUCCAUAAUCUUUCUUUGGCUGAGCAAGCCGAGAAACUAAAAGACGCAGAGUUGAUCGAUAGCAUUCCGCCAAAGGAUAUGCUCUCUGCCAUUACGAGAUCAUAUCGCGCUCUUGUGGAGACUUUUAGUCAGGAAGAUGACACUACACCCGACCAAAUCGAGACGGUCAAAAUGGCACUUGAAACAAUUGCCUCCAUAUCGGCUGUAAUUGGUAGUCAAGCCGAGCAAUUCUCUGAAUUGGAUGAAUCUAGCGCUGCAAUGAUGACAGAGGAGCAGUAUGCGACGAGUGGAGAUGAGGAAGAAGACGAGGACGAUGAUGUGGAAGAUGGUGAUCGGGCAAAGGAGAUGGAGGGCAUGUCAGAUGAUGAAGAUGAUGACGACUCCGACAUCAACAGCGAAAUCAAAGAAGACAUGGACAUGGUUACCGGAGAAGAUCAAGACGGCGAACAACGGGAUAGUUGGGCUCUUGUUGCCGAAAACGCCGAGAAAGGUGUCCAAUAUCUCAUUGAAGAUACUAUUCCAUCUAUCCUUCCGCUGGCCAAGGUUUCCUCGCAACCUUCUAAGCCCAAUGAUCUCAUAGAGAAGAGCUUAGAUUGUCUCAACAACAUCACCUGGGCUGUAGGCGCUGUUGUUCCGCUCUCUUCAGACUCGCCACUGCGACCGGCUUGGGCAGCACUCGCUCAACAGCUCUGGAGCGAAUGCGUUGUCCCUGUGGUUGCUUCUCAGACCGCCGACAUCAGUUUGGCCGAGUCUGUUACAAGUCUUGCAUGGGCUAUCUCUCGUAGUCUACGUGGGCAGUUGGACUUUGCCGGAGACGAGCACCGUAAGUUCAUGGCGCUCUAUGAGGCAGCCGGGCAGAUGAAGAAGAACAGGUCUCAGCGUAGCGCACCUGUAAAGCGCCGUGGUGGGGAGGAGACCGAGCCUUUGGACGAGAUCUGUCCUAAGUGCAUCGGCUUAUUGGGCUCACUGGCGCAGUGUCCCGGCCGCGUGGAUGUGAACCGCGAGAUCGGCGCCUUCCUUGUGUCUAGAAUUUCCUUGAUUCCAGAAACUGCAGUCGAGGAUGCCAUUGAAGCACUCAAUCAGAUCUUCGAUAUCUAUGCAGACAAAGGUUAUGAUUAUGAUCAGGCGGUCUUCUGGAAGGAUGGGUUCCUGGGGCACCUUGAAGCGUCAUUACCCAAGGUGCGAAAGCUUGCCAAAGCAGUGGACAAGAGAAAGGAUCCUGGACUGCGGGCUCAGGCCGAUGAGGCGGCAACAAAUCUCGCGAGGUUCAUCAGAUACAAGAAAGAAGAGCGUCGCUAAAGAUGGAUAGGCUCGCAAGACAGCCACGGUCAAGUAGAAGAGGGGCAUUCUCAUGUCCGCCCAUAUCUAAUAGCAUUUGAGGCGCUGGCGUCGUGGGUUGCAGGGAAAAUGUGGUAAAUAUUUAUUUCAUUACAAUCGUUGUCAGUCCUAGAUACGCAAAAUGUAAACCGCCAUCAAAUUGGCUACAUUUACCAAGCCAACACA